UGUAAAGAAAGAAAGUUUACAAACUAAAUUGCAAAGAAUGGUAACAGGGUCCUUUCAUAGCAAAGUUCACACCAUUGUCGUUGUAGUUUCUCUUCAAUUCUGCGAGCUGCAAUGACGAACUCAAUGGGUCCUCCACCCCCCAAAAAUCCUAAUCCACCCCCACAACAAACCCUAACUCCUUCAUCACCACCACUUCCUCCAAAUCCCGAUUCAUCACUACCCGAACCACUACCUCCACCGUCCGAUUCCACCACCAAUUCAUUACAACCACCGCCACUCUCCCGUUCUGACUCCACCACUAAUUCAUCACUACCCGAACCACCACCUCCACCGUCCGAUUCCACCACCAAUUCAUUACAACCACCGCCACUCUCCGGUUCUGACUCCACCACUAAUUCAUCUCUACCCGAACCACCGCCACUGUCCCGCUCCGACCUUCCACCACCACCGCCCCGUUCCGACCUGCCACCACCACCAUCCCGUUCCAAUCUACCGCCACCGUCGAAUUCCACCGAUACUCAAACCCCUAAACCCUCUCAAGGCGUAUCCGUUCCGUAUAAGAUUCCACCUUGGAGUUCCGCUCCUUGUCAUGAAUUCUACCUUGAGGUUCUCAAGGAUGGUUCCAUCAUUGAUAAAUUCAAUGUGUAUGAAAAAGGUGCUUAUAUGUUUGGGAGAUUGGAUAUGUGUGAUUUUGUGCUUGAACACCCCACUAUUUCUAGGUUUCAUGCUGUUAUACAGUUUAAGAGAAGAGGAGAUGCAUAUCUCUAUGACCUUGGGAGUACUCAUGGCACCUUUUUGAACAAAAAUCAGGUGGAGAAAAACACAUACAUUGACUUGCGAGUUGGCGAUGUUAUUCGAUUUGGUCGGUCAACACGGAUGUUCAUUUUUCAAGGACCGUCAGAGUUGAUGCCUCCUGAGGCUAAUGUAAAACUUAAGAGAGAAAUGAAGAUGCGGGAAGCAUUGCGAGAUAGGGAAGCUUCACUCCGACGAGCAAAGCUAGAGGCAUCUGCUGCUGAGGGUAUAUCAUGGGGUAUGGGUGAAGAUGCCGUUGUUGAAGAAGAAGAGGAUGAUGUUGAAGAAAUAACGUGGCAGUCAUAUAAAGGACAGCUUACAGAAAAACAGGAAAAAACCCGUGAGAAAAUAAUAAAAAGAAUGGAAAAGAUUGGUAACAUGAAGAAAGAAAUAAAUGCUAUACGAGUUAAAGACAUUUCUCAGGGUGGAUUAACUCAGGGUCAACAAACUCAGAUUGCUAGGAAUGAGCAAAGAAUGGCACAGAUAUUGGAAGAACUUGAAAAUUUGGAAGAAACGCUGAAUGAUAGUAUUAAAGAAAGUUUAGGUGCACGUACGGGAAAGCCAUCUCAUGGGAAGAAGAAAGGUGCAGUGGAAGAUGAAGAAGAUUAUAUCAGCGAUGAUGAUGAUGAGUUUUAUGACUGUACAAAGAAAAAACCUCAAAAGAAGCCCGGUGACAGCCAGUCAAUCGAGACUGCAGAUACUCUUCUUGAAAAGAGAGAUACCAUCAUGAAGGAAAUGGGUGACAAGAAAGAGUUGCUUAUGACUGAGAAGAACAAAGUGUUGCCAGAGACAGAGAGUACCACACAAGAUGACGUUGGUGAUUCCCUUGAUGCUUAUAUGUCUGGUCUUUCAUCUCAACUAGUGUAUGAUAAAAGUGCACAGCUUGAGAACGAAUUAGCAACUCUUCAAUCUGAGCUAGACAGGGUAUCCUACCUGUUGAAGAUUGCUGACCCAACGGGAGAAGCUGCAAAGAAAAGAGAGUUGAAAGCACUAGAGCCCAAACCAGAAAAAACAGAAGAGGUUGCCCCUAUUAUCAAGAAGAAACCACCUGCAGAAACCCAGAAAAGCAGUGAGCCUUGUGUGAAGGCAGAUGACAAUAAAUCACAUGUGGAAACCCAGAAAAUUAGUGAUGCUUGUGUUAAGGCAGACAACAAUAAACCACACGUGGAAACCCAGAAAAUUAGUCAUUCUGCAGAUGGCUCUGUUAAAGAAGAGAAACCUGCAACUACAACUGUAGAUUUGGAGAAGUCACAACCUGGCCAUGAGGGGUCGGAGACUGAGAAUGCUGUAUUUGUUGUCCCAAAACCCCAGUGGCUUGGAGCUGUAGAGGACAGGGUUGCAGAUGAUAAGCAACAACUGAUGACCUCUCUCCAUCCGCAUGAGAUGGACGAAUCCGAUCAGUUUGUUGAUUAUAAGGACAGGAACAAAAUUUUGGGCGGUGGUGAUGAUGCAAGCACCUCGUUGGAAUCUAGAAUCGAGUCUGCUGCUCCCGGUCUAAUUUUAAGAAAACGGAAGCAAGUUGAGACAACUGGAACAGGCAGUGAUGAUGCCUCUCAGCAAUCAACAUCUUCCACAUCAGGUGAACAAACGGCCGAGGAUGCUGUGGCACUAUUAUUGAAGUACCAAAGGGGACUAUAUGCUGCUUCUGAUGAUGAUGAAAGCCAAGAGAAAAGGCCUAAAAGAGUGAUUGGCCCCGAAAAACCAUCGUUUUUAAGUGAUGAGACAGCUAAUGCAGCAUGGGUUCCUCCUAAAGGACAAUCGGGCGAUGGACGAACUUCCUUAAAUGAUAAAUAUGGCUACUGAGGUACGACGAGGUACAUCAUUGUUCAAUGGAAAAAAGGAGUUCAGGCGGAAUAUUCAACUAAGAAUGUAUCAAUGAAGGAUCGUGCUGAACCUGCUGAACUGAAAGGAUGAUGAAGUUUGUUGGUGAAAGGACUACUGUAAGUUAACAGAAACAGAGCAGGGUGGAAGGUCUACCAUAAUGUAGUAACUUCGCCGGUUGGCAUCAACUUCAUUUAUUCCUGAUGACAUGCCUCCCUCAUGUACAGCCACAUGAUCUGAGUAGCGACUAGCGAGUUGCUUUUAUUUCUAUGACCAGUUCUCAAUGAAGUGGCCUAUGACCACCCAAGAUUAGCCCAAAAAGCAUAGACAUACCAAUGUACAGUUUGCUUUCCUUCCGUCCCCAUUGGAAACUAUUUAAGCAUGAGAAACAUUUUCCCCCCAAUAUGCUUGCUAAAGUACUAAGAAACCUAACAGAUUUUUAUUGUUAUUUUCAUCCCAAGGAGAGAGAAAAAUUAUGUGCACAGAUUCAGCAUGAGAUUAUGAUAACUCAGUAGGCAGAGUUUACAUCUUGAUACUAACAAAUUAUGUCUUGAGCUCAGCUGAUCAAUUGAAUAAGCUGUCAUGUUAUAGUUUUUUGUGAUGCUGGAGACUAAGGUGUAUUGAAUUGAGAUUUUAAUGGAUUUUAAAAUGCUUUUUUAUAA